UGUCGGCAUUGGAGUACAACCUGGAGUUGCAGGUGCCCUUGGAGCAAUGGGAAACCGAUAUGGCACCAAAGCAAUGAAGACCGGAAUUGGCCGUUAUUCAGGGGCUCAGCUUAAUCUUGGAGGUUACAGAUCUCUUGGGUUGGGCGGUAGAGCAGGCCUCAGGCAAGGUGGAUAUGGAGCCCAGGGCGGUUAUGGUGCUGAUCUGGGCACAGGAAUGGGGUUAGGGACUGGACUUACAAAUGGAAUGGGAAUGGGUUUGGGCCAGGGAGGGAAACGCGUUUAUGGAGCUGGUCUUGGCAAUCUGCCAGGAUACGGAGCUUUGGCCGGCAUUGGAUAUCCUGCUGCACGACCAGGAAUUGGACUUGGGUACAACUGGACAGAGGGCUAAGCAACAAAAACCUGGUGCGCCUGCAGCAGAAUUGGGUGGACCUAAGAUGGCCAAUCUGGGCCACGCUGUUCAAGAUCUGAAGAAAGAAAAGAGCAUAUCACUCGGUCCCUCAUAUGCAGACAGAAAUGUUCGACCUGAAAUGCCCAACAUGAGGAGAGGCAAUAUACUUACUGCUCCUGAAUCACAGGUAGAAACUGGCUUUGGACCUGCUGCACUGCCACAUGGAAAGCUUAAUCCUCUAGUUAAAGCAUCAAGUCCCCUUGAUAAACAGAGUAAAGGUUUUGGUCUAGGUGUUUCGCCACCACAAGGAGGAGAAAGAUAUGAUCCUACCCUCUUAGAAAGAAGGGGAACAGCUCUGGCCACUGGAGGUGUGAGACACCAACUGCCUCUUGUUAAAGACAACAUCAAAAGUCUGAGUUCUGCCUCUGCCCAGGUACAGACUGCAAGAGACUACGAUUCAUUUAUCCAACACAAUCAGCAAAACCCAAACUGUGGAUCCAAUCAGGAUUUGUUACAUGCGCUAGGAAUCAGUCACCAUGAGCUUUUGGGUUCGGAAACACAAUCCAACCGAGGGUUAUUGCACCAGGCUCAGAUUGGGAAGGACAGCAAGCAUCUUGUACGUGCAAAUCCCCAAGCUCAAGAAGAAACUACUUAUCAACGGCCUAUUUCACAAAAUCAAGAUGGCAGAGACAACAUAUUCUCUCUUCAACAAGGGCAAGGAAGCAGAGGCCAUUUAUCUGCUGUAGCAAAUGGGCAGGGUGUCAAAGAGCUUGGCCUUGGGGAUAAAGACAAAAAUAAGCCUAGAAUCCGUGGAGCCCUGGCUGUAGAAAAUCAUAGUCGUGGUUCUCUAAAUGUUCGAGCUCAAGGCAGCCACAGUUUAGGCAUCACCUUAAUAGAAGGGCAGGAAGCUGAAGGCUUUACUGCUGAUGGUCAGAAAUCUAAACACCUUUCCCAUGCUGAACAUGAUGCCACAGAGUCAAAAUCCCUGGGUAUCCCAGGACAGACUGGGAGGAAUGACCAGGCAACAAGUUAUAUGGGUGGAGCAGGAAACGAUCUGGGAGCAAGCCUGGGCACCGGGGGCUAUGGUGCAGGUUUAGGACAGGGAGCAUACUUCGGGGGUGCAGCUGGCAAACUUGGAGCUGCUGCUGCUGCUGCUCUUGGACAAGGCUAUGGUGAGGGAGCAACAGGACACCUGGGUGCCAUGGCAGGCAAUGGCUACGCAGGUUACGGGAAUGGUUACAGCGAUGGUCAUCGGGCUGGAGGCUAUGCUGGACAAGUCCAGGGAGGAUAUGGAGCACUUGGUGGAGGACUCGACCAAACUGGUGGCAAAUUUGGUGAUGGUGGCUACCCGUACCCUGCCCAGCAGCUCAACCUCGGUGCUGAAGGUGCCAAAACUGCCAACAAAUAUGGAGCUGCUGGGGGAUAUGUACCUCAGCAAACAGGAUACGGUGCACAGCUAGGAGCCACUCAAGAUAUCUUGGGAGAGCAAGCUGGCAAAUAUGACGGAGGAAACGCUGCCCUUGGAAAUGGAUACAAAGGCUAAUUCAAAUAAUCUUGACUUCUUAAAGAGGAUCAUUUACAUAAUGUGUUCAGUUACAUGUGUUUUUAAAGCUUUCUGUGUGUUUCCCUGCAUCUGUCCUGUUGUGUUUGUUUUGUUUUUUUCUCAUAACCUCCUUUGUCUUCUUCUGUGAGCGGGAAUGUGUUACCUGUUUGUCUUGUUGGUCCUAAACAUGCAGUGCCCCACCAGUCUUAUUCUGUCAACACUGAAUAAAAUGUGUGGUGAUCGAUAAACAUAAUUGUUCAUUAAGUACAUGAAAUGUACCUCAAUGUUUUAAAAUUAAAUAAUAAAAGGAUGUGCUGUUUUAAUCCAAUAAAGAUAUGUAAUAUUUUGCUGAAUAGAAGCAUCUGAGUAAAACUAUUGUUCACACAUUGUUUUAUGUAACAGCAUCAGCAAAGCCUCAUCCGUACACAGGAAGUUUUACCACUUCCUUUCUAGUGUCAGGCAACAGAAACACCUAAGAAACACAAACACUCAAAUGAAAACUAAAAAUAAAGAAAUGAAACAUUAAGUACUUCAAAUGGUUC